AUGCCUAAGCCCACAUGUGUUCAAUGCAAUACCAAUGAUUCGCUCUUGUGGCGAAGUGCAGAAAAUGGUCAAAUAUGCAAUGAAUGCUAUCUUACUAACUCUGCAAAUAAAGAAAUAAAAUUAGAGGCGAAUGCGACAAAAUCAGAGGGAGAAGGUAAAAGGGAUGAGAAAGAAGAAACUGAUAGUAAGAAUGGUAAGAGUGAUGGUGAUUCAACACCAGCAAAAGCUACAGGUAAGGGGACUAGAAAAAGUACCCGCGCUACUAGAUAUAAAUCAAAAACUCCGGCUCCCACGCCAGCAAAGACUUCAGCACCACGUGGAAGGGGCAGAAGAAGUAUAUUUAAGAGACAGCCACUGAAAGCACCCACAGCCACUGCCACUGUUGUUACAAGUGAUUCUAUUUUUUACAAGGGUUCUUACAUGCAAGUAGGUGACAUAGUUUCAAUGUUAGAUGUCAUGGGAGGAACAUACUAUGCUCAAAUCCGGGGUUUCCUAACUGAUCAGUAUUGUGAAAAAAGUGCUGUUGUAACAUGGCUUUUACCUACAAAGGCAAGUCCGCCACCGGAAAAGGGAUUUGAUCCUGCUACUUAUAUUAUAGGGCCUGAAGAGGAAUUACCUCGUAAAUUAGACUACAUGGAGUUUGUUAUGCAUGCACCAUCAGACUAUUACAAAGCGAGCAAUAGUCCGUAUCCUCUCACUGACAAUGAGUUGAACAAUUACUCUGGUUUUGUAUGGACUUCAAUUGAAGCAAAAGAAAAAACAUAA